CUUAUUUUCCCAGUUUUUAGUUAAGAUAUUGUCGUAGGAUUCGAAGUAUCAUCAUCAUAGAAAUCAUAUCUAGUGCAAUUCUUUCGAAUUGAAUCAUUGAGAACAGAAAAUUUCCAAAAAAAAAAUCAUGAUUAUCAGCAAAAACUCAAUAUUCUUAUUGAUGAUUAUUGGAUCAUGUUGGAAUAUACUACAAAUGAUCGAUGCACAUCCAUCUUUGCAAUCGGAACAACAACAACAAUCACAAUUUUAUCCUUAUCCAUUUCAACAACAAAAACAACAGCAACUGCCACAACAACAACAACCAAAUUCACAACUAUAUCAGGCUGGUUAUCCAAUGAUUAAUCAUCAACAAUCAACAACAACAACACAAAUACGUGGAAUUAUUGAUCCAAAUAGCCCGAAACCACGUUAUAUUGGUUCAUGUCGUGAACGUAAUCUUUGUUGUUCUGGUCGUGAUUCAUCAUGUUCAAUUCCAAUUGUUCAAAAUUAUCAACAACAACAGCAACAACAAUCACCAUUAUUGGUUCGAACACAAUCAAUAUCAUUGAUUGGUAAUUUAUUGGGACAAGCUUUAAAUGAUAAUGGAAAUGAUAAUACAAAAGAAUGUUAUUGUGAUAGUGCCUGUAUUACAUUGGGUGAUUGUUGUCCAGAUUAUAAAGAUACAUGUGGUGUUCAAGAUUGUAUCGUAAGCGAUUGGGAACAAUGGUCUGAUUGUAAUAUUGAAUGCGGUGUUGGUACAAUGAAUCGUACACGACAUAUUUUAUCAUAUCCACAAAAUGGUGGCCGUGAAUGUCCGGAUUUAAAUCAACGUCGUGCAUGUCAUGGUCAACAUUGUAAAGUUAGAGAUGAUGAAAAAUUAUUACGUGAAAUGGCCAUCAUUUUGCAAUCAAGUUUUUCAGUCACCCGUAAUAUCGAUGAAAAUAAAGAUAUUCGACGUAACUUACGGCUAAAUUAUCCAAAAGAUCCAUUGAAAGAGAAUGUAAAUGAAUAUUGUGUACUAUUUGAAGUAACCAAAAGUCAUAAAAGCUGUGAAACAUUAAAUGCUGAUGUUCAUUCAAAACUUCAAGAAGGUACAAAAGUUUGUGUCCAUUGUCAGGAUGCUGCCAUGCGUAGCCAUCUUGGUUAUCGUUGUAAUGGUCAUGGAAUAAAAGGACGUCCAACACGAUGGUCGUUAUUUAAUUUUAGUGGAUGUAAUGGUCGUUGGACACGAAUCGAUGAUGAACAACAGCAAUCAAUAAUCAAUAUUGAUGGACAUUGUCAAUGUAAACAUUCAAUAAUGAACAUUACAAAUGGUACCGAAAUCAUUACGAUGAAUCCGGAUUUUAUUUUUGUCUAAAUUAAUCUUAAUUCAGAUUUUUUUUAUUUGUAUUCAUUGACAAAUUACAAUAAUAAUAAAACGGAUUGUGAACAAUAAC